AAUUAAUAUCAAAGCGCGCACAAGCUCCCUCGCGGUUUUCUCGAUUUUGGUCUCUUUCUCCAUCUCGGUUUCCCUUGGAGAUCGGUGCAAGUAGGUGGUGCAGUAAACCUGUAGGUAUCUCUAGGAAUGGACUUGAGCCAGGCUUGUAUUCCCGGCGAGGAGAACAAAGCUUCUGUAUUACCAUUGCCCGAUUCUUUUCUUGAAUUUCUGAAGGAGAAUGAUCUUAAUUCAUCGAUAUAUACUGGUUUGGAUACCAUCCCACGCUAUAUAAGAUUGAAACCUGGUUAUGAAUCUCAGCUAAAAGAGAUUGAAACUGAGCUAGAUUGCAAGCUGGAGAAGGUAGAUUGGCUACCAGGCUUCUUUUCCAUCCCUCCUCAGAUUCAAAUUGCUAGAACAAAUGCAUAUCGCUCUGGAAAGAUUUAUGGAAUGGAUGCAGCAUCAGGGGCAGCUGUGAUGGCCUUGAAUGUGACAUGUGGAGAUCAUGUCCUUGAUUUGUGUGCUGCCCCAGGUGCCAAACUCUGCAUGCUUGCUGACUUGCUUGGUAACUCUGGAACCAUUACCGGUGUAGAUGUUGCACAUCACAGAUUGGCAGCUUGCCGCACUAUGCUGCAGAAAUAUGAAAUUGGGGAUCGAUGCCGUCUAUUUGUAGCUGAUGGAACAACAUUUUCCUUUGUACCUGCAAGAUCACAUACUGAUGUGAAAAUUUCAGGUGCUCCUGAUCUUAAGAAUGAGGAAGAUACAUUUAAAGAGUGGACUUCAAAGAGAACAUGGAAAGACCGAAAAGAUGCAACUAAAAGAAAGACUGCAACCAAUGAUCUUACUUCACUAGAAUGUUCAGAACCUGAGUUGAUAUUUUAUGGUAGAUAUUCUGGAGUUGUUGGCAUGAGCAGGAACAAUUUAUUUCAUACAGUAGAUGCUGUUGAGAGUUCAACUUCUGGUUAUGAUAAGGUGCUUGUGGACGCAGAAUGCACACAUGAUGGAUCAGUUAAGCACAUUCAAAAGUUUGAUUAUUGGGGAUGGCCUACUUUCCAACGCAGGGUACUUGAUGCAAAACGAACACAAAAUUUGACAACUCUUCAACUGGCACUACUGACAAAUGGCUUCAGAUUAUUAAAAGUUGGAGGCUCACUCGUAUACAGCACAUGUAGCUUAACAGUUUCACAGAAUGAGGCUGUGGUCGAGCAGUUCCUUUCCAGAAAUCCCAAAGCUGAGCUAAUGAAGGUUGAUUCUGCUAAGAUGUGGCGCUGUAGGAGUGGAGGAAUUCUCCAAACCGUGCGAUUUGAUCCUAAAACAUCCCAAACCAGUGGGUUAUUUAUUGCAAAAUUCAGAAAAAUAGCAGCGUAGUCAAGGUUUGGUUUGUAAUUGCCAAUUCAAUCCUUGUCAGAUCGAUAAUUUUUCUGAUAGAUGAGUUUAAUGAUCUGUUAAUUUUUUUUCGUACUUCUCUAAUGAUGAAAAAAAAUUGCUUACUACUACUGUUGGAACUUAAAUUGUUUAAAUCAUGAUAAAAUUACUUUUAACAUUGCAUU